UGCGCCCCCUUUGGUAACGCUGUUGGCCAACAACUUUUAACUUUAUCUUGAGCAACUGAAUACCGAACUCUUCUUUUCGAGGUCCCAAUAUCUCCCGAUUGGUUCCCCUUCGGCUCUGGUUUUUAAACUGUGGGCGGCCUCGCGAGCCAAAGCAUUUGUGCCACGCAACGUUCUUCCGUUUCCGAAAUUGCCGGAGCAUCCACUGGGCUGGGCUUGCGUCUGCGUUCUGGCUGCGUUGUAGCUACCGCUGGAGCGUAUGUUUGAUUCUCAACGCAGCAUCAUACUCCGUACCAGUGCCAUCAACCCCUCUAGCGCGGUCUUUCCGAUAGCAUAUCGAACUCGAUCGUUCCGAAAAGAGAACCGUCGCUACCGUUUGACGGCCUACCUCUAACACCUUUUUUUUUUUUUUUUUUACCCUUUUAAUCCCUAGCAACCGUGAUGAGCGCCUCUACAAGAGUUGCGCGCCGGGCGCUGGUCGUCAAUCCGUUCUCAGGAACCGGCCGCGCUCUACCGAGGUCUGCACUGCCUGCUGCAUCAAUCUACUUGGCCCGCAAUGCUCAGAAUCUGGGGCCGGCCUCUGCCCUGCUCAUUCCGAUUCGGACCUUGACGACCUCGAGUACAACGACUCAUGGCCCUCCUGGUGUCCCGCCGCCGGGCUUCAAUCCGGAGGAGGCUAAGAAGCCCCUCCCCAGGGAGCCUGCCAGCGCCACGAAGCCGACGGCGAAGGUCCCUGAGAAGGCCAAGACGGAGGUGAAGACCGAGGAAGCCAAGCAAGCAUCCGCGGAUUCGGAUGCCUCGCUCACACCGUUGGCCGCCGAGAAGGAGGACGCGGUGGACAAGUCGGAGGGCAAGAAAGAGGAGAAGAAGCUGACGCUCGGGCAAAAGAUCAAGAAGGAGGCUCAGCAUUACUGGGACGGCACCAAACUGCUGGCAGCCGAAGUCAAGAUCAGCUCGCGCCUCGCGCUCAAGAUGGCUGCGGGAUACGAGCUUACCCGGAGGGAGAACCGUCAGCUCAAGCGCACCGUUCAAGACCUCGCCCGGCUGGUACCUUUCUCCGUCUUCGUCAUCGUUCCGUUUGCCGAGCUCCUGCUUCCCGUUGCCCUCAAGAUGUUCCCCAACAUGCUGCCCAGCACCUACGAAGGCCAAAAGUCAAAGGACAAGAAGGCCUCGACGCUGCGGGCGACGCGCAAGGAGGUUAGCGACUUCCUCCGUCAGACCCUCAAGGAAACCGGCCUUCCCUUGACCCAGGCGACGGCGCAGAAGGAGGAGUUUACCAACUUCUUCCGCAAGGUCCGCUCCACGGGCGAGAAGCCCACGGCCGAGGACGUCAUCAAGGUGUGCAAGGUCUUCAAGGACGACGUCACGCUCGACAACCUCUCGCGGCCACAGCUCGUGUCCAUGUGCCGCUAUCUCAACCUCAACACGUUUGGUACCGAUAUGAUGCUCCGGUACCAGAUCCGCCACCGCAUGCGGCAGAUCAAGCGGGACGACCGCGCCAUCAGCUAUGAAGGCGUCGACAGCCUCUCGGUUGCCGAGUUGCAGGUGGCCUGCGCCAGCCGCGGCAUCAAGAGCUACGGGGUGUCGCCUGCCAGGCUCCGUGAGGACCUGCAGACUUGGCUCGACCUGCGGCUGCGCGACGGGGUCCCGUCGACCCUGCUGGUGCUGAGCAAUGCCUACAUGUACGGCCAGACGCAGACCGAGGAGGGCAUGUCUAGCCAGAUCGAAGCACUGACGGGUGUGCUGUCAUCCAUCCCCGAGGAGCUCUUCCACGAGAUUGAGCUCGAAGUGCACAAUGCCGAGGGGGCUGCGACCAACAAGCAACGCCUUGAAGUGCUCAAGGAGCAGCAGGAGCUCAUCGACGAGGAGCUCGAGCAGAAUCAGGAGAACCAGGCGACCGGCUUCGCCACGCCGCGGGACACCGAGAACAUUGAUGACAAAGAGGAGCGGCAUGCACACGCCGAGGCGGACCCCACCAUCGAGAAGGCGCAGGUCGGCGAGGCGGUGGAUGCCGAGAAGGACAUGCUCGACGCUGCCAGGAUAGAGCAGCAACAGCAGCAACAGCAGCAGCAGCGUGAGGCGGCCCAACCCAAGUCCGGCGACAAAUGAAAAAGGCCCCCGUGUACCAUAGAUUCUUGACCAAGGGCGCCUGCCGUCGUUGUUUUUUUCCCUUCGUAUGUCAUGUUUUAAGUAGGCACAUGGCAGCGGCGAGAGCAUCUUGUACACGAUAGACACACAGCAACGAAGCUGCCAAGGCUAGGGCUGGAGUUGGGGUCUUGUUUUUUUUUUUUUUUUCUUUUCUUCUUUGAUGGGUUGUCUCAUUUGUGAAAGGGCGGGAGUAUAUAGACCUCUUCUCAUCUAGAUACCGUGGAUAGCGCCAACUCUAUCUCAACAUGUAAAUGACCGGAGUCCAACUCUCCGAUGCUGACAUCUGACAUGCUGACAUGGUGACGAAUGUUUGCGACAUUAUGAA